UUGCAGCAACCUCUCUCUCUCUCUCUCUCUCUCUCUCUCUCUCUCUCUCUGUAUCACUGCAAUUCAUCAUCAUCGACAUCAUCCUCUUCUUCUAUACUCCCAUGGCGGAUCCUCGCUCACCAACGACUACCGAUCUCUCCACUUUGCUUGGACUCAGCAACAAGGGCUCGACGAGCAUGUUCGACAUCUCGAAGGCGUACAAGUUCCUUCACCUGAAAUGGCACACCGAUAAGAGCCCGUCGAAUAAAACCGAGGCCGAGGCCGAUAAGGUUUUCAAUGGGAAGAAGAACGACGAAAGAGUCAUGAGCAGCGACGAUGCGACGACGUCGGAUGGCUCGUCACAUCACAACCGCAGCGUCGAUGACAGCCUCUUCUUUCGCCGUUCGUUCCUGUCAAAGAGUUCGAGUAGGAGGAGCCACACGCCGACCCCGUCGUCGUUGUCAAGGACGACUAGCCGGAUCAACCCGUCCUCGUCGGAUUUUAGUCCUCUCUCACGGAGCAUGAGCAGAAAGGCGGGAUCCGAAACCGAGGCUCCGGCCACCAUGUCAAGGAAUAUGAGCCGGAAAGGAAGCACCCCGAUCUUGUUCUCGCAGACGGCAGCCCGGCGAAAGCCCGCGCCAAUAGACAAAAAGCUGGAGUGCACGUUGGAAGAGCUGUGUCGAGGAUCUGUCAAGAAAGUUCAAAUCAAACGAGAUGUGAUUACUGACACGGGGAUCAUCCAAGAAGAGGAGAUGUUGAAGAUCAACGUGAAACCGGGAUGGAAGAAAGGGACGAAGAUAUCGUUCGAAGGGAAAGGCGACCAGCGACCGGGGUAUCUACCGGCCGACAUCAUCUUCUCGAUCGAAGAAAAGAGGCAUCCUCUGUUCAAGAGACGAGGGGACGACCUGGAGAUAGCGGUUGAGAUCCCGCUGGUGCAAGCCCUGACCGGAUGCACGCUCUCCGUCCCCCUAUUAGGGGGCGAGGAAAUGCGGGUUCCGUUCGACGAGAUCAUAUUCCCAGGGUACGAGAAGGCCAUCCCAGGCCAAGGCAUGCCGAACCCGAAGGUAAACAGCAAGCGGGGCGAUCUCCGGCUCAAGUUCUUCGUCGAGUUUCCGUACGAGUUGGAUGAUGAACAAAGGUCUGAAAUUCGUAGCAUUCUUGAGGGUUGUUGUUAUACGUGAUCCUUACAACUAGGGUUGUUUCUCUUUCUCUAAAUUUCAUAAUAGGAUUAAGAUUCUUGAUCUACAAUUAAA